CCACCAAAGUAUCAAAUGUAAAUCUAACAAAAGCCGAGAGCUAAUGGAUUGGAGGGCAGAUAAAAACAAAGAUACUUAAUUUACAUCACACUUUGGCGGGAAACUCGCCCGGGAACUAGCGUCAGAAUGAGGAAGCUGAAAUUCCCCCUCCUGUUUCUGUUGGUGCUUCCGUUUUGUAAGGGGGGUAGGUACAGACGGUUCAUAGAAUGGGGGGCAGACCUCGCCCCUGGGUCAUUUUGCUCCUCGCGACAAUCGUCUCCGUGUUGUUCCGGGAGAGACGACAACUGCACGGUGGAGAUUCUGGGGAGUCUCUGCUAUUGUGACGUGUUCUGUAAUAGGGCAUCUACCGACUGUUGUCCAGAUUAUGCCAGCACCUGUCAGGGAAUCGCACCCCCAGUCACUAAAGCGGGAUGCGUAUUUGAUGGUAAGGAGUACAAGCCUAGUGAAGUCAUCAGGGAUAACUGCAAUCUUUGCACGUGUUCACGGGUACAGUUAUUUCGCUACGACUGGGUGUGUUCAAACAAUUCCUGUCUGAUCGACUUGGAACGAUUUAACAAAACAGCACAAAACUUAGGAUGGAAAACUGCAAACUACACUCGUUUCUGGAAUAAAACGUUCAUUGAUGGAAUCAAAGAAAAUGUUGGCAUAGCAACCGAAAGCAAAGCUCAAAACAUGUCUUCGCUUCAGAAUAAAGUACAGAAUGAUCUCCCGGCCUUCUUUGACUCUAGGAAAAAGUGGAAGUCAUGGAUACAUCCGGUUCGUGAUCAAAGAAACUGCGCAUCUUCCUGGGCGUUCUCCACAGUAGACGUUGCGGCAGACAGAUUGGCGAUUGAAUCCAAAGGAUUACUGACCAAUCAGCUUUCGCCUCAGCAUCUUCUGUCAUGUGACACAAGGCGGAAACAGAGAGGAUGCGAAGGAGGGUCUGCAGAAAAGGCUUGGUGGUUCAUUAAACGAAAAGGAAUCAUGACUGAGGAAUGUUAUCCUUAUAACGUCACUCAAUCGAACACUUCUGCCAACAAAUGUCUGGACAACUUGGACACAUGUCCGAACACCAACUCUUCCACAUCCAAAAUUGUGCUAUACGUCACACCACCGUACAGAGUUGGGGAAAGUGAAGAAGAAAUUAAAACAGAGAUAUAUAAGAGUGGACCAGUACAAGCUACCUUUCAAGUGUCUGCUGACCUCUUUAUGUAUCGAUCUGGUGUGUACAGACACACAGGGGCGGAUCUUGUACAGAGCAAAUUGGCGGUCAGGAUAAUCGGAUGGGGAGAAGAUAUUGAUAAAAAAGGACGUGUUCGAAAAUACUGGAUAUGCUUGAACAGUUGGGGAACCAAGUGGGGCGAGGAAGGGGCAUUCCGAAUCGUAAGGGGAGAAAAUCACCUAGGCAUCGAAGAAAACAUCUUGGGAGUUCAUGCAGAUAUGAAACGUUCACUAGCAACCCAUCCUAGCGAGGGGAUACGUGAUGAGGGUCUAAUUAACAUAUACAAUCAAAAACAAAUAGUGGUCAUCAAGAGACCACGGCCCACAGCUCGGCCCUAGAAAAGAUAUCAAGGACACCCCUUCCCCGGGGACAUUUAAAAUUAAUUAUACCGAGUCCGCCAAAAUGCUUUUUCUGAUGUUUGAAGUGAUUAAAUGCGUGAUUUCGUGUCUCCUAUGUAUGUAUCUGUGCAUGUUUUAUUUAAUGAGGCCUUUAUUUUAAGGCCUCCCUCUUUUUGCAGAAUUAUUGGGCCAUUGGGGCAUUUCAAACGAAGGACUUUAUUAAUGGGAUGUGACCCAUUAUUUCUAGGUCAGUGGAGCAUUUUAAAUGCACUUCUUUGUUAAUGGGAAGAAAGAUGAAUAGUUGUACCUAUAUGCACCUGCAUAUAGUAAUAAAGUGAAAAUUCCUCACAGUUAAAUAUUCAAUGUUAAAACUUUAUAAUUGAUUAGAACAUCAAACAUAUAUUCAGUAACUUUAAAAUUUUGUACAGAAAAUCUGUGUUCUCCUC